AGAUGUUGUGUAAAACAAAAUGAAAUCCCCCGUCUUUAAUGAUUGAUCAAAAUGUCAACAUGCAUCCAGGUUGCAGUCCAAGUCCAGGCAGCCUCUUUUAUUCAUAACAAUUACUGGAUCUGCACAUGCGGUGUCUAUCCUUUAAUGUUUCAGAUGGAAUCAGCUUUUUAUUUUGAAUUGUGAGUUCAAAUAGCCUGGUGGAUUCAAAAGCAUUUGAUCUACUUUGAAGACACAACAUGAUCUCCAUUACUGCUGAAAAACUACAUUUUGUUUGUUAUUUGUCAAUAGGUCUACUGAGUCUACCACUGCUUACAGAAUGUGACAAAAUUAGGCUGGUCGGGCCUUCCCGUUGCUCUGGUAGACUUGAGGUCUACCACAGUGAUAGUUGGGGAACAGUGUGUGAUGAUCACUGGAGCAUUGCCAACGCUGACGUGGUGUGUCGAGAGUUAAACUGUGGGACAGUUCUUGAUGCCAAAAAAGGCGCCUUUUUUGGAGAGGGACAGAACAGGAUCUGGUUGGAUGAUGUUCAGUGUACUGGUCAUGAGCCUUCUGUCCUCAAGUGCCCACACAGACCAAUCGGGGAACAUAACUGUGGCCACAGUGAAGAUGCAGGGGUUGUCUGUUCAGAAUAUGUGAGAGUGGUCAAUGGAAGCAAUCGAUGCAGCGGUCGAGUGGAAGUCCACCAUGAUGGCAACUGGAAACGAGUGUGUAAUGACUGGACCAAGGCAGACGCUGACGUGGUGUGCCGAGAGAUUAACUGUGGCACUCCUGUCGAUCAGGCUGAAGUGCUAUAUUUUGGAGAGACACAUGACCUGGGUGGCGUCAAACCCAAGUGCUUUGGGAAUGAGAGCUCUCUCUCACAGUGCAGACUUCAGGAAUUCAAGGAAAGCUGUGUCGAUGCUACUGUUGUCUGUACAAACAAUAAACUACUUCGGCUGAGUAACGGGACUAGUCGGUGCUCUGGCCGAGUGGAAGUCUACCACGAUGGACAGUGGGGAACGGUUUGCGAUGACAGAUGGGGGAUGCCGGAAGCAGAUGUUGUAUGUCGAGAGAUGAACUGUGGGAGUGCUCUCUCGGUCCAGUACAAGGCGUUUUUCGGCAGAGGUCAGGAUCGGGUUUGGUUGGACGAUGUUGAGUGUACUGGUCAUGAGAAGUCUCUUGCUGACUGCCCUCACAGAGGUUUUGGAGAAAACGACUGUGACCACAAUGAAGAUGCUGGUGUUAUAUGCUCAGAUUCAGUCAGAUUGUUCAAUGGGACGGACCGCUGCUCUGGCAGAGUGGAGGUCUUCCACAAUGGCCAGUGGGGGAAAAUUUGUAAUAACUGGGGCAAUGAAGAUGCUGAGGUGGUGUGUAAGGAACUCAAUUGUGGCCCUCCAAAACCAACUCAAGAAAGCUUAAAUUUUGGUGAAAGUGGACUGAGAGCCUAUACAAGUAGAUGCUCUGGCAAUGUAACCUCUAUCUCCCAAUGCACACUUCAAGAAUUGACAGGGAGAUGUGAAGCUGUUUCUCUUUCAUGUGGAGGUAAUCCACCACUAAGGCUUGUCAAUGGCACUGACAGAUGUUCUGGUAGAGUGGAGGUUCAGCACGAUGGCCAGUGGGGAACGGUGUGUGAUGACGAGUGGGACAUCAAAGAUGCUGAGGUGGUGUGCAGAGCCAUGGACUGUGGAACAGCUAAGACAGCCAAAUCCAGUUCCUUCUUUGGUCAAGGCCAAGGAGACAUCUGGCUGGAUGAUGUAGGCUGUAUUGGUAAUGAGACGUCUCUUAUGCACUGCCGACAUUCCACCCUCGGAGAACAUAACUGUGGUCAUGGGGAAGAUGCCGGUGUGGUGUGCUCAGCUAACAUUAGACUGAUGAAUGGGACUGACCAGUGCUCAGGCAGGGUGGAGUUAUACCAUGGUGGCCAAUGGUCAGCAGCAUAUAAUCUUAACUGGGGAAUGAAUGAAGCUGCAGUGGUGUGCAGAGAGAUGAAUUGUGGAGAUCCUGUUAAGUUCUCAGGAUCAUAUGGUCAGGGCAGACAUUCAAGAGGGUAUACAAUCAGUUGUAGCGGUAGAGAGAGCUCUCUCACACUGUGCACACUGAGAGAAUAUGUCAGGACCGGGCAAGAUCGCUUUGAAGAGGCAUCUGUCAAAUGUUCAGGUAAUGUGAAGUUGUCUGAGGGGCCCAGUCAAUGUGCUGGAAGAGUGGAGUUCUACGACAAUGGCCAGUGGGGGAAUGUGUGUGGUGAAUCCUGGGAUGUGAAUGAUGCAAAUGUGGUGUGCAGACAGCUGGACUGCGGGAGGGCUCAUAAAAUUACCACUGUGGCUGAGUAUGGCCAUGGUACGGGACACACCUGGAUUGAACAAAUUGAAUGCAAUGGAAUGGAGUCAACACUGAGUCAGUGCUCACAGAGACCAUUUAGAGACAAAAAAUGCAACUCAACCUCAGUUGCUGGUGUUCUCUGCACAGGAAGUUUGGAGGUCCGGUUGGCUAAUGGUAAAGAUGAAUGCUCUGGCAGAGUAGAGGUCCGUCAUGGCAAUGUGUGGCAAACAGUUUGUGACACAGACUGGACCCGGAGUAAAGCUGAGGUGGUGUGUGAGCAGCUGGAAUGUGGAAAUGCAUUGAGUGCUCCUGGCGCUGCCCAUUUUGGCCAAGGCAGUGGAUCAGUAGUGGAGGCUAGCAAUUCAUGUUUUGACAAUGUGACAUCUCUUCAGCAAUGCUCACUCAAAGGUUUCAGAGGAGCAAGGUGUGGGCACGAGCAUGAUGCUUCUGCUCUAUGUGCAGCACAGAUACGGGCAGUCGGCGGCUCAGGUCAAUGCUCUGGUAGAGUGGAGAUCUUCUAUAAAGGCCAGUGGGGAACUGUGUGUGAUGAUGAGUGGGGAAUGAGCAAUGCUGAUGUGGUAUGUAGACAGCUUGGCUGUGGUCAUGCCGUUUCUGCUCCUAUGAGUGCCCACUUCGGUAGAGGCACUGGCCCAAUAUGGCUGGAUAAUGUGGAUUGUAGAGGCGAAGAGUCUGCUCUCACACAUUGUACGCAUCCAGGUUUUGGAGUAAAUAACUGCGGGCACGGUGAAGAUGCUGGUGUUAUCUGUUUAGGUGCGCUACAGAAGCCCCAAAUCACUUUCAGUCCAGCUCCGGAGGUAAACUGGGGUGAAAGAGUUGAGAUCACCUGCAGUGUAGUAACGGAGCACAUGGGUGGGACAUUCGUCCUUAAAAAGACUCAAGGAUCAUUUCAAAUGGAAAAAUUCUCAGAGAACGAAGCUGCAACCUUUAUCUUACCUAGAGCGGACUUCAGCCAAAGGGGGUCAUACUUCUGUGAAUAUCAGAAGAAAUUACCCAAUCAAGUCAUCUAUUAUCCUCAAGGAAAUACUGCUGAGCUCUCUGUCAAAGUGAAUUUGGAGAAGCCCAGCAUCUCCCUGACAUCUCCGCAUGCAAUGGUGAUCUACAGCCCUGACAAAAUAUCGGUCACCAAAGGCAGCAGCUUCUCCAUCACAUGCUCCAUUCACUCUACAUAUCCGGGAGGUUUCUUCUAUCUGACAAAGUCUAACAAGAGCACAGUUGCUUCAUUGUCAGCAUAUGGCCACUCUAUCUUCUACAUGGCCUACUUUGAAUUCCCUGCUCUCGAUUAUACAAACCAAGGAGAGUAUAACUGUGUCUACGGGCUUAACAUUUCCUCAAUGUCCUUCUGUUCUGUUCCCUCCAAGUCACUUCAAGUCACUGUAAUUGCCACUUCAUCCUCUUCAGUGGUCUCAGGACUAGUGGGUGGGCUGGUGGUGUUGGUACUCGUGCUGGUUAUAGGUUACCUGGUCUGGAGAAGAAGAAGGCGAGGUGCUGGUACCAUGGUUGAAUUUAGUAACAGGUUUGGAGGAGCAAUAAAGCAGGACGUGGAUGACAGGAGUAAUGGAGCAUUCGAUGGAAGAAUCCACAAUACCCAAGUGAAUGAGAAUGCACAGAGUCACAGCCCGGAACACAACAAUGCUGAUGUUGAUAACUCUGUUGAGAGGGUCCCUGAAGACCUGGCUGGGAGAGUGUGUUAUGAGCUUGAACCGCUCGUUCUCUCGUGAUAACAAAAGGCUUCAAGGAAUCACCUAUGUCAUGCGAUUUCACUAAAUUCAAAGAGUAACAAAACACCAGGCUGAAAAAUAUGUUUUUACGGCUCUCUCUGGUUAAAAGUUUCAAGUCUGGCACACCUGUAACCUCACCCAACACUGAUGUCGCAGUGUACUGACACACCUGACGUACACUUUUACAUCACGGCAACAAAAAGAGAAGUUAAACCACUGGAGGUCUGCUAAAAUCCAGAUUUUCAGCCGGUGUUCAGUUGCUAUUUAAGGUAGACCAUAGGAACUUUAUGGACCUGUUUUAAGUGUUUUUACACCUUUUUAAAUCAACACACUUUACAUUUCCUCAAAUAAAUGCUGUGUUAUUUGCUUUAAAAGACGUAGAAAAUAAACUUUGCAGAAAUUGAAAAUGUGAUUUUGAAUAACAUGCAUGACGCUUAUGUAAAUGGUCAAAGUUUGCCCAUAACACUUAUUUUCCUACUUAUUCCUGUAGUGAUUUCUAUUUUUCUGGGAGAUUCUGCCAAUCACAAAGCUAAUGUCCCCUGACCUGUCGGAAGAUACUGAUUAUGUUGUCUUUGUAUUGCAUGAUAUUUUGCUUUAUUUAGUGUAUGUGAAUGCUGAUCAAUAAAUUUGUAAUGUUGAACAACA